AUGUGGCUCCGUAAGUCUGCAAGAAGUAAAAUUUUUGUUUUUACAACUGCAAAGAAAGCCUAUGCUGAAAAAAUCCUGGAAAUCUUAGAUCCACAGAAGAAGCUUAUCAGGCACAGACUGUUUCGGGACCAGUGCACCUGUGUGUCUGGUCACUAUGUAAAGGAUCUGAGAGUCAUCCGCAGAGACUUGGCAAAGACUGUUGCAUUGGACUCUUCCCCUCACAACUUUCCAUUGCAAACUACCAACAGAAUUCUAGUGAAGAACUGGACAGGUAACAAAAAAGACAAAGAACUUAUAAGCCUGCUUCCCAUCUUAAAGGACAUGACACUUGUGGAAGAUGUACGUGUAUUAAUACCCCAUCAAUUCAGAACAGAAGACCCAAGCAAUAAGAAGAGCUGA